CGAUGGAGAAAUGGUCGUGCCUGUUCUAACAUCGGGGAGAGAUAAAAAGAAUUGUAGAAAAAUCCAUUUUUGAAAUUAAACGAUCAAUUUCCAGUCUACGGUUCUCUCCACGACCAAAGAGACGACGGACACAAUUGCUUAAAAGUUACUAAACCAAACAUUUUAACUAUUUUAUUGUUUAAAAAAUACAACAAACAAAAGAAACUAUCGUGUGUGAUCUUGUUAAAUUCAUUUAAUUUAUUUUUAUUCGUUUUUUUUGUGUUUUCCCCAAAAAAGAAUUGUAGAAAAAUAUAUUACAAUAGUUAAGUUAGUGCUACGACCAAAUAGAUUGGGCAGCAAAAUUAAUAAAAAGAAUAGAAGAGGAAAAAAGCACGACUUCCUUUGAUUAACAACCAACGCUUUAACGAAGCAAAGGCUGCCGUAACCGUUACCAUAACAUCUUAAUCUCUAUCAUCUCCUUAUUGUGAUUUUAUUUGUAAAAUUGCUUUCGAAAUAACGCACAAUGGCCGAAGACACAGAAUACAAAAAACUGCCUGUCGAAGAGCGUUGCGUUCAUAAACUAUGGAAAGCUCGUGUAGAUGGCUAUGAAGAAGCGGCAAAGAUAUUUCGCGAAAUUGACGAUGAGAAAUCACCCGAAUGGAAUAAAUUCAUCGGACUUAUCAAAAAAAUGGUUGUCGAUUCGAAUGUGGUUGCCCAAGAGAAGGGACUCGAGGCUGCUUUGAUAUUUGUCGAAAAUUGUGGUCAUGCUGGCAAAACAGUUGGUGAUGUGAUGUCGGGCAUUGUACAAAAAUGCAUUGCAGCACCAAAAGCCAAAACAAAAGAACUUUCUGGUCAGAUUGCAUUAAUGUAUAUAGAAAUUGAAAAACACGAAGCUGCUCUGGAGGAACUUAUAAAGGGAAUGGAUCAUAAAAAUCCUAAAAUUGUAUCAGCUUGUGUGGCAAUUGUAACAAAUGCCUUGAGAGACUUUGGAAGUAAAGUUAUUGGUGUGAAGCCUUUGAUUAAGAAAUUAGCACCAUUAAUGAGUGAUCGUGAUAAGACUGUAAGAGAAGAAGGCAAACAGUUGGCUAUUGAAAUAUAUCGUUGGAUUGGAGCUGCAAUGAAAGCACAAAUAGCAUCAUUGCCACAAGUCACAAUCACAGAACUAGAAAAUGAAUUUGAAAAAUUAAAAGGAGAGAAGCCAGAGCCAACAAGGUACCUGAAAUCUCAACAAGAAAAGCAACAAGCUAUUUCCGCAGCAGCUGCAGAAAACGAUGAUAAUGGCGAGGUUGAUGAAGAGGAUGGUGGAGGUGAUGAAAUCGAUCCAAUGGAUCUCAUCGACCCAGUUGACAUCCUCUCAAAAAUGCCAAAGGAUUUCUUCGAGAAGCUGGAAGACAAAAAAUGGACGGUUCGCAAAGAAUCACUGACGGCACUGGAAAAACUUGUGACGGAAAAUCCUAAGUUGGAGAGUGGUGAUUACGGCAAUGUUGUUCUGGCCCUGAAAAAGGUCAUAACAAAGGAUACAAAUGUAGUUCUGGUUGCAAUGGCGGGAAAAUGCAUGGCUAUGCUGGCUAAGGGACUUGGAAAGAGAUUUUCCACCUAUGCAACAGCAUGUGUUCCUGCUAUACUAGAAAAGUUCAAAGAAAAGAAAGCUAACGUUGUAGCUGCUCUUCGAGAGGCUAUUGAUGCCAUUUACCCUUCGACAUCAAUGGAAGCAAUUCAAGAAAGUAUCGUAGAAUCGUUAAGCAAUAAAAAUCCAAGUGUUAAGUCUGAAACAGCAUCGUUCCUGGCUCGGGCUUUUGCCCGAACACAGCCUGCAUCUUUAAAUAAGAAAUUGCUCAAACUGUUGGUGACAUCCCUGUUAAAGACUUUAAAUGAACCUGAUCCAGUUGUGAGAGAUUGUUCGGCAGAUGCUAUAGGAACAUUAUUAAAGCUGAUGGGUGAAAAAGCUGUCAGUUGCUUCCUCACAGAUGUAGAUGCUUUAAAAAUGGCUAAGAUCAAAGAAUGCCAGGAGAAAGCGGUAAUAACCAUAAAAGUAGCUGGUGUGAAGAAGGAACGUCCUGCAACAGCACCUGCCAAGGCUGCACCAACUAGAGGUGGUUCGAGUGAACCAAAGCCUGUUGUGCGACCGGCAACAGCGGGUGGAAAGAAACCCGUUGCAAGGAAAGCUGCGACUGGAGGUGGUGGUGGUGGAGGAGGAGGUGGUGGAACGGCGCUAUCUAAAUCGACAAGUUCGGCAAAAAUGCUGCCGACUGAAAGAGAGAUGUCUCCUGAAGAAGUAGCUGGUAAGGCUGAAGAACUGCUAGAUGCGGAUAUUCUAACAGGAUUGCAGGAUUCAGUUUGGAAGACACGAUUGUCUGCUGUGGAGAAGUUAUUUGACCAAAUAAAAGACUUCGAUCCAAAGACACCAGGCAUAUCUCAAAUUAUUGUGAGAACAAUCAGUGGAAGAAAACCAGGUCUUAAGGAAAUGAACUUUCAGGUUCUGAAAAUAAAGCUCGACAUCAUUCGGAUGUGUGCAGAAACUUUUCCCUUUACCACUAUCACCGCAGAGACUGUAAUAAACGAAGUGACUGAAAAGCUAGCAGAUGUUAAGAAUGGCUCAGUUGCUGCUCAAGUUCUAACUGCAUUUGCUGAAGCGACAAAACUUGAAAUUAUUGUUUCAAAAGUUUUGACCUUUGCUUUUGAACAGAAAUCCCCAAAAGUUCAAUCGGAAGCUUUAAAUUGGGUUAACCAAUCGAUACAAGAAUUCGGCUUCCAAAUAAAUCCAAAAAUGCUACUUGACGACGUGAAGAAGGGUGUGCAGAGCACUAAUCCAACUGUGCGGGGAGCAGCAAUUUCGCUAGUCGGAACUAUGUCUAUGUAUAUGGGCAACACUUUGAUGAUGUUCUUUGACAGUGAAAAACCUGCCCUCAAGACGCAGAUACAAACUGAAUUCGAUAAGAAUAUUGGCCAGAAACCACCAGCACCAAUUCGUGGAGUAAAGAAAUCAGCUGGGGGAGGAGGAAGUGGAAAUCCAUCUGACGGUGAAGACGAAGAUGAGGGACCACAAGAAGCAAUGAAUAUUGCAGAUCUCUUGCCACGAAUUGAUAUAUCAUCACAGAUAACAGAAUCUCUUCUUACAGAGAUGUCUGAUAAAGAGUGGAAAACCCGAAACGAAGGUUUAGCGAAGCUUCAAAAUGUGCUUAAUGACGCCAAGUUGAUAAAACCUUCAAUUGGUGAUUUGCCAACUGCUUUGGCCCAUCGUUUAGUUGAUAGUAAUGCCAAGAUUGCACAAACUGCUUUGGCCAUUUGUCAGCAAUUAGCUACGGCAAUGGGACCGUCUUGCAAGACUCACGUGACUACUUUAUUUCCUGGUUUCCUUCAUGGCCUUGGAGACAACAAAGCUUUUAUUCGAACCGCAAGUCUAACCUGCAUCAAUAUUUGGGGAGAGCAAUGCGGGUACAAGGAAUUUUUCGCUGGGGAAAUGAUUGCAGAUGCCUUAAAGUCAGGAAGUCCUGCACUCAAAACGGAAUUGUGGGGCUGGCUAGCUGAAAAAAUGCCUGCUAUUCCACCUAAAACGAUACCAAAAGAUGAGCUGCUAGCCAUGCUACCCCAUUUAUAUGCUAAUAUUUCAGAUCGUAAUGCAGAUGUGAGAAAGAAUGCCAAUGAAGCUGUUCUUGGAAUCAUGAUUCACCUCGGGUUCGAAGCAAUGGUCAAAGCCCUGGAUAAACAAAAACCCUCCUCCAAGAAAGAUAUUCAAGCGGCUUUAGACAAGGCCCGACCAAAUUUACCAAUGAAACCUCUCCCCAAAGGUAAACAACAAGCUCCGAUAAUGGAAGAAACCAACAAGGCAGUCAAAGCUGGCAGUGGAAAGAUUACCAAACCAUUGGCCAAAGGGGGAGAUAAGGUUGUGACUUCGAAGAAGAAAGAAGAGGAUGUGGACACAUCACCUCUGCUAGCUAUCAACAACACAAAGAAUCAACGUCUAAUCGAUGAGCAGAAAUUGCGAGUUUUGAAAUGGACUUUCACACAGCCACGAGAGGAAUUUACUGAUCUAUUGCGGGAGCAGAUGAAUACAGCCAACGUUAAUAAGGGACUUAUGGCAAACAUGUUUCAUGAUGAUUUUAGAUAUCACUUAAAAGUGAUUGAAUCCCUGAACGAAGAUUUGCCCAACAACAGCAAAGCCUUAGUUUGUAAUUUGGAUUUGAUAUUGAAAUGGUUAUCGCUCCGUUUCUAUGAUACCAAUCCUUCGGUUCUGCUCAAAGGAUUAGAGUAUCUUAAUCUAGUGUUCCAAUCGUUGGUUGAGAUGGAGUAUUUCUUGGCUGAAAACGAAGGCAGUGCCUUUAUUCCACAUUUAUUAUUGAAGAUUGGCGAUCCUAAAGAUACAGUCCGAAAUGGGGUACGAACACUCCUUCGUCAAAUUGUUCUUGUCUAUCCAUUUACAAAGGUCUUUGUCUAUGUAAUGGAUGGUUUGAAAUCGAAAAAUGCUCGUCAAAGGACUGAAUGCUUGGAUGAGUUGGGAUACCUGAUUGAAACUUAUGGCCUUUCAGUGUGUCAACCGACACAGCAAGUUGCACUGAAAGAGAUCGCAAGACAUAUUUCCGAUCGUGAUAAUUCUGUUCGGAACGCAGCUUUGAACUGUGUUGUUCAAGCAUACUUUUUAGCUGGUGAACGUGUCUACAAACUCAUUGGCCAGCUCACUGAGAAGGAUCUUUCGAUGUUGGAUGAACGUAUCAAGCGAGCUAAAAAGACCAAGAAGCCAACACCUCCAUUGGAAGUGACAAAGGUUCAACAAACAGCGAAUGCUGUUGUCCAUCAAGACAGUAUUGAAAUCGAAGAUCCCGUAGCAAACACCAGCGAAGAACUUCCUCCCCCAGACGAACAGCAAUCACCAACAGUCCAAAGUUCUCAAUAUUCGGCCGAAGCGAAUAACUCCACCGAAGAGAGAGAAAUGAGAAGUUCCCUAAUAAGACAAGCAACUUUCGAUCAACCCAUAAUGUCCAACAAUCCACCAAAACCAUCGGGUCCAUUCGGUCUCGAUCCUAACGUUAUUGCUGAAAUCGAAAAGGAUUGGGUACGUGUUGAUCAAAUGAAACAAUCAGAUCCAGCACGUGUAGACAUAUCUUUGCUCUACGAACCCAUAAAUAUUAUUCCGACUCGUGAUGGCGUGCGAUAUCCACAGGAUAAAUUUGAACAACUUAUAUCAAGAUCACGACUCAUGCAACCCGCAGCGCCGCCAUCUGCAGGACAGACUUAUAACUUAAGUCCAUUGCAACAGCAACCAACAAUGUAUCAACAGCAACAACGGAAUUCUGUAAAUAAUUCUCCAAACUUGGCCGAUGUGUUACCUAAACUCGAUCCUAAUCUAAUUAAGAUCAUUAAAUCAAUUGGAAAUCCUGAUUCUAUUACCGCUCGAGCUGCAUUAAAUGAACUCACGGAUAUAAUUGAAUCUCCAGAGAAACAAGCGGUUUUGAGGGACUAUGAAGAGCUUUUUAUACAAAGCGUUCUGGCACAAUUUAAAAACCUCUCACAGCAGCCUCUCUCGGAAUCUCUAAUAAUGUACCAACCUCUUCUAUCGAUCACCUACGGUUUUUUCUAUUCUAAAAAUCUGGGCAAGACACUUAGCAUUCCAUGCUUGAAAAAUAUAAUGUCAGUGCUGUUAGGUUUGAUGGCUGACCAAAAACUAAAUAAUGGUGACGAUGGUCAGUACACCAAAGUGAUGAAUGGAAUUUGUCUAAAAAUACUCGAUAAGACAAAUUUUACAAAUUUAAAUUGUGCUCUUAUUCGGCUUUUAAAAGAAACCUGUCCUAGUGCCGGCCUUCCAAAAUUCACAGAUCUUCUAAUGAAAUGCAUAUGGCGAAAUGUCAAAACAAUGCCAGAACGAUCAAAUGAAUUAGACUAUGAUGCGGUGUUAUACGAGGUGCAUGAUUUCAUGUUGGCGUUACCAAGUACAUGGUGGCAAACAAGACCCUCAGAUACUCCCUUAAGAACUGUCAAGACAAUUAUCCAUAAUAUGGCUAAAAUAAAAGGCAAUGCUAUUGUGCAACACUUGAGUAAAAUCCCAACACAUUCUGAAUUGCAUGCAUACCUCAUAAAAAUUCUAAAGAACCUUCAGAAAGACGGCAAUAUCCCAGGUGCAUCACCACAACGCUCAUCAUCAGCCAAAGAUUUGCAAGCCAAAAGAAUCUCAAACCAUGCUCAUGAAGCUAUGUCGCAAAUAUUUAAAUUAAUUUCUGAUAAAGAAACAAGUCAGCAGGGACUGAGAAAACUUUAUGAUUUCAAGGUUAAAAAUCCAGAAAUAGAUGUUGUUACGUUUUUGAAAGGAGCUAGUCCCAGUUUCCAGAAAUACAUCGAAGAUGGACUUAUUGAAAUCGAGCGAACACAGGGACAAGCUCAAUCAACUACAAAUGGUGACAAUAAAUUUGAAUCCAAUUUCCAUCAAGCAUCGACUGGAAGCAACUUUGGAACGAGCAUGGGGGGAGAUAAGGCUGAUCCGGACUUUUGGAUGGACCGACUCAAUCAUCUAAGAGCCAAAGCAAACCUGGGACCGCAUCGAAGUGCCGAAAUGGGCGGACAUCAUAUGCUGGACAAUAAAGUCGCCGAUGAGAAUUUAAAUUUAAAUCAACUAUCUCAAAAAGUUUCUCUCAUUCGAAAGGAAAAACCUGAACUUUCUCCAAACCGCCUGCAACACAUUCAAGCUAAAUUAGCCCAAAUAAAACAGCAACGACAAAGUUAAGUCUGUGAAUAAAUGUUGAAAAUAACAAAAUAAAAAGUAACUCGUAACAAGGAUGUGUGCAAGAAGCCGGCAAGGAAGAUUUAUUAAAUCAAAUAAACCCCAGAAAAAAUAGUAUAUGAUUAAAUAUGCUAAUUAUAUUUAUUAUAAAUACAGGAAAACAAAAAAAACACCUACAU